AUGGUUGCUAUGUACAAUGUCGCAGGCCGCCAGGUCGGAUCCCACUGGCUGGCUAUCGCUACGCUCAGCACCGCAUUUGGUCUGCCCUACCUGCUGACGAGAGGCGGUGGAGCCAAGAAAUCGACUACACCUCCAAUCAACGCCUCAAGCAAGGACGAGGAGAAGUUCAUUCAGGAAUUUCUACAACAGGUGGAGCAAGAGGACAAGGGCAACAAGAUCUCGGAGAAGGAGGCGCAUUAG